AUGGUUGUGUCUUAUACCAAAAACUGUCUUGGAUCCGGCGAAGAAGAUGUAGUAGAUGAAAGUUACUUGAUAAUUUUCUUUGAUGUUAGGUCUGAGACAUUCAAGUUUGUUAAAGCAGAAUGCUUUGGUGAUCCAAAAGCUACUAAACUGAUCAACUAUAAGGGUAAAUUGGGUGGGGUAGACUUGACAUAUAAUGACUCCAAUACCAUUGAGUUGUGUAUGUGGAUUCUAGAGGAUGUUGAGAGAGAAGAAUGGUUGAAAUAUGUCUACACUUUUCCGGUGAACGAUAUAUGUGAGGUUUUCGUUGUUGGGGUGACUAGUACAUGUGAGAUCUAA